UUCGCCUUAUUCAAUCGGGCUUCCCUUUUAGCCACACUGUGGAGCUCAAAGGCUUUGCAAUAAAAAUGCGCACUCCCCGACUCAUUUGAGGGUCCUCUACAAUGAGUACGACCGAUCGGCCUCCUAAUAAAGACAAUACAACUGGAGACCCCCGUAUUCGAAUCCCACCUUCCACUUCGCCCAUACUUUCUGGGGAUGUUGUGGAUCACAGUUAUAUCCCCUCGCGAAAUCUUGUUGAACCAGAUGUUUCCCAGUACUCCCAUUCGCCAGUUAGUUCGCUAAAAAACAUCGACGGUGGCUCGAAAAGUCGCCAUAAGUCGUUCAAUUCAACUGUGGCCGCCAAACCCUCAUUCAGUGGCGCUAAUGGUUCCGAUAACGCUCGGAAAACCGUGUUAUUACAACCGCAUGAUGGAAAGAAGUUCCGGUUGCAUCCGAAAAGCAGUUUGCGAAAACAGCGGUCCCCGGACUUGUACAGAGAACUUGCCGAAUGUCGCGAGUCGAAAAACAAUGUACUUGAUCUGUCCCAUUGCGAACUACAACAACUACCCAAUGGCAUUUUUGACGAUCUACCCGGUUUGACCGAACUCUACCUGUAUACCAAUAAGCUGACCAGCUUGCCCGCAAGCAUAGGCCAACUGGCUCACCUUCGUCGUUUGUCCAUCCAGCAGAACAUGUUGGCCAGAUUACCCAAAGAAAUGGCAAAGCUGACCGGCUUAGAGGUGUUGGAUCUCCGACACAAUCGGCUUGAAGGCAAUCUUCCUGAAUGCCUACCAAGUUUGAAACAGCUGAAAAGCCUCUUUCUGAAGUUCAACAAGUUGUCCAACAUCUCUGGCAUUGAGAAUCUUAAGCAUCUUACCUGCCUCGUCCUCGGACAGAACAGUCUGAAGAAUGACCUGCCCGACGUCAUCGGUCAAUUGACUUGCCUAACCACUUUGGACCUGUCCAAUAAUCAAAUCACCUCGUUACCUGAGAAUAUCGGGAACUGUACAGCGCUCAAAAGUCUUAAUCUCCAACACAAUCAACUUCAGCGACUUCCGAAUUCUAUCGGGAGCCUGAGGAACUUGUCCAAGUUAUCUAUAAAGUACAAUCAAUUGGUGGAAAUACCACAAAGUCUGGCCAACUGCGUAUUACUGGAUGAGUUUAACGUUGAGAGCAAUCAGCUGUCAUCACUUCCCGAUGAACUUCUUUUGAGCCUUCCGGGUCUCGUGAAUAUCACACUUUCACGAAAUCAUUUCACCGAUUUCCCCACAGGCGGCCCCGGUCAAUUUAAAAAUUGCAUCUCCUUAAAUGUCGACUACAAUCAAAUCACAACCAUUCCACAGUCCAUCUUUUCCGAAGCCACUCGCUUGAACCGGUUGAACUUGUGUGACAACAACAUCACUUGUCUCGUGCCGAGUGAUCUUCACCACUGGAGUUCCGUGGUCGAACUGAACCUUGGCUCUAACCGCCUGACCAGCUUGCCGGCGGAAAUAGGUGAACUACAGCACCUGGAAGUGUUGGAAUUAAAUUUCAAUCAGUUGCGCGUUUUGCCGGACGAGAUCACCAAGCUUUCAAAGCUGCGAAUUCUUGGGCUGGAUUCGAAUGAACUGGAGUCUUUACCAGAGGACCUUUCGGGUUUGGUUAGUUUACAGGAGCUGAAUGUUCUCUCCAAUCGAUUGACAACGUUCCCCCGAAGCGUAGAGAACUUGCCAAAACUGAAAGUCAUCAAGGCCGGUGAGAAUGAUAUACAACGUCUACCUCCAGAAUUGGGUAAUAUGUCUGCCUUACAAGAAUUGCAUCUAAACGACAAUCUGAAUCUCAACAGCCUACCAGUCGAAUUAUCUCUGUGCAAAAACUUGAAGAUUUUGUCUCUGGAGAACUGCCCUCUUCGCGAUAUCGAGCGCAAUGUUGUCGAGGUUCUUGCAACAAGUCAUCCAGUUCCGACAUCAGACCGCCGUCUAGCCACGGACUGCCUGCCCGAGCUCUGUGCCAAGUUUGCCAAACCAAGACCCGAUUACUGUGCUACCGUCAAGCGCCUUACUUCCUCAACUCUGCUGUGAUCAAACGCCGCUACACCAUUGCUGGUUUUAACAGUCGGCAAUUUUCUGAUCUCAUUCGCUCCAUUCAACUCUCGUCCAUGAGCCGAAUGUACUUUCAAAUGGACAGCUCACCCCAGCUCUCUGUCCUCGCAGGAGCAGAGCCGAAUGUACUUUCAAAUGGACAGCUCAUCCCAGCUCGCAGGAGCAAUAGUACAUUAAAUUCCACUGCCGUAUGUCCGUAUUCCAUCUUCAUGAACCCUCUCCGGGGGAUCUUCAUCACGGUCACACACACGCACACACACAGGAACAUCACUCAAGCAGAACAUUUCCGCUGACUUCGAAUUACAUUUAUUCCCACUCAUGCCGAUCGCCUCGAAUGAACUCUGUCUUCUAUAUUCCGAUCGUUCUUGUUCUGGAGUACGAAGAUGUCACCAAACCUUUUUGUCCGUUUGUUGUCUUUAAAAACUGAUCCCAAGUAGAAUGCAGUUAUUUUGCUUGACGAUAUGUCCUUGUAACGCCUGAGAACUUGUUCAAUUCUCCUCCCGUCGUUUUGAAUAUCGGUCAAAUCCUAUCUCCAUUCUCACAUGCGUCUUUUUUCUUGUUUGAUUCAUCAACAGUAUUGCCCCCUUCCCUACCCUGUAACUUAAUUUGGGGCAAUACGGCCUUGUCUUCUGUCGCGUCUGUAUGACAUUCUAAUGUACUGUUGUAAAUAUAUUAACCUGUCGAGCCCCA